AUGAGGUGGAUUCUUCCCGACGUUAAGGGUGCCAAAGUCUUUGCCGACUGUCCUCGCUGCAACACCAAGUAUUUUCUUGCUCGGUUGACCUACGAAUUACGGGCCACAAUUAAGAUACCUUGCUCGUGUAUCGCGCAAGAACUAUACGUCUCGGAUGGCGAGAUUGCGGGUAGCAUAGCUGGCGAUGGGAUCCUGUGCACACCAGCAAAGGACCCUCUUCUAAACAGUCGUUGGUUACCUUCAACAAUAGCAAAACAACUCAAAUCUGUACCGUUACACAUCUGGGACAAGUUCCAUGGUCUCACUAUUGAGUCAGACUUAGUCUCCAUCAGCCCCGAUGAGUACUUUAUACAACAAGGCAGUUACGUUGGCCCAGAGAAAUAUGUAUACGAGAAGCCGCAUGCAUAUGAGCUGGCAAUCACAACAGAUCCCUUUGUUAAUUGUUACCCUGCUCAGCCCGUAUCCUAUUCUGUCCCAGACCUGACGGAAGCAUUGCAGAGUCUUGGUACGUGGAGUUGUCGUUGCAAAGACGACUCGAGCCACUCCGGCGACGAUGCCCAUGGCGGCGACAAUAUAUAUAUAUACGACUCUCCUGAAGUGCACGGAAUUAUUGGGCCAAUAGAUACAUUUGCUAAGGACGCUAAGGACGAGACAUCGUCUCCCAAUAGUUCCGACAGUGGUUGUGGGAUGUGGGACUGGAAGCCGACUUGCAUUGGUCGGAUUGACGAUGAAGCAAUUAUGCGGCUAUAUAUGACGCUGGACUAAGCUUUUGUUUUGUGCUAUUUAGAGCGAGUGUAGUUUAGCGAAAAUCAAUAAUAACAGCACCAUAUAUUCUUAAUAAUUCCCUAGUUACAGUGUCUCAUCUUUUGUCACAUGCCAUGGU